GUCAUGGCGGACAGGUAAGUGGACUUCCUUGAUGAUGACAUUAGCGUGUUUUCUUUCUGCCAGGGAGGAGAUUGUUGACCAACUCGGCAUCUUUGACACGUCCGUGGGUAGAAAUGACAACACAAGCUGUGAUUUUUCACAAAUUCCUCAGUGAAUUCACCAAGACAUCACUGUGGUGUUAUUGAGUCGGAGAGCUAGCUUGCGCAGCUAGUUGGUCCAUGACGAUGACAGCCGCUUUACUGCCGUGUUACAGACACCGUUUGGAAAUAAUUAAGGGAAAGGCCGCAUCUUGCAAAUGGACAUGUCGUGUGGACUCCUGCCCAGGCCACUGCAUGGAAGAGAACCCCGGGGCCGUGUGCGGAGCAGUCAUGCGGAAGAGGAAACCAGGGGAAGUAUCUUUGGCCAGGCAAGUCUGGAUGGUCACGAGGCCAAGAUGGCGUCAUGGAUGAGAGGCAACACUUGCAGCAAGGGUCCCCAGUAAGAAUGAUCAGCACAUUACUUCAUCAAUCCAGAGAUUUAAAGACGUGUAUGAGCUAAGUGGCCAUUUUACCUACAUUUUUGUUAUGCCUCCACAACCUGUAGAAAGGGUGGUCCCCACAAGUGAUGAUCAAACACUUGGUCCCCAUUCCAAAUGAUAACCAGUAUGUGUGUGUGUGUGUGUGUGUGUGUGUGUGUGUGUGUGUGUGUGUGUGUGUGUGUGUGUGUGUGUGUGUGUGUGUGUGUGUGUGUGUGUGUGUGUGUGUGUGUGUGUGUGUGGGGUGCAGAUUUGACAUUAUCUAGCACCCACUCCCUGGAAAUCUAUUUUAAGUAAAGUGACUGGUUGGGUGUUUUUUACAUUUGUAUUUUUUUUCCAAAGCAGAAAAAAAGCAGCACACCAGUGGAGUGUUGGUUCAAGAAAGAAAGGAAGGAAUAUACUGCAAGAAGUAUGAAUCUCCGCAGUCCGACAUGCAGCACCGUGCUGCACAACACAAAGCAUCACAGCCUCUAAUCCGGAUGUGCCGAUGUCUCCGACUCCAAAGCCCAGUGCACUGAAGGAAGAAGUCUGUUGAGCUAAGGUUAGGUAAGGAUUAUGAUUAUUCUUCAUCGAAACAAGAAGAUGUAAACAUCCCAUCAGUCGACAUCCCAGUGAGAGCAGACCUUGUGCUUGUGACUACUUCCGCCCGCCGCUACCUGGAGGAAGCGUGGGACGCAAGCUUGCUGGUUGGUGUCUUGGACUCUACCAAACCUUACCUGUCUUUUCCAGUACUCGAGGCUCAAGCGAGAGACUUUGCAGCGACCAAUCAAAUGAGUUCCGGGGAGCGCGGGUCGUGGUCAUCCCUGCCCUGCGCUCAGGUUUCUAAACUCGCUCCAGGUGGGAUGGAACAAUCCAUAUAACACGUCACAGAUGACGUCACGCUAACAUCACGUGACACCUCUGAUGAAGGCUGCAGAAGCAAGACAGCCGAAACUUGUCAGUUGACGUCAUCAUAAAUGAAGAGCGGAACCGAAAAUGUGUAUCGGUGUCGUCGCCUGGAGGUCCCUUUUAAGUGUGACUACUUCCGCCCCCCUACAGGAAACCAGGGACGUUGGCGUCUUGGACUCUUCCAAACCUUACCUGUGUUUUCCAGAAAGUCCCACUAUGCUGUGCACACCAGCACCCCAAGAGAGUGUCUUCAAUAUCCGUCCAUGCACUAAGCUCAAGCUGCUGACACGGCAGCUCAUCAGCCGGCACCGAUGGGACUCCACAGCGCGUUCACCGACAACAGAAAGAAGCCUCAAGACAGAAAGGCGCAAACAAAACACUGGAUUACUUUGGACUUCUGUUGGAGUUAUACACGCACACGUAUUGAAGGAUUCAUGUGAUUGCAAGUGUGUGGACUUAGUCAAAAGUUGAAGGUGGUGGCUGAGGUGAGGCGAGGCGUGUGAAACUAUGUGGCUUCUCUGCUCCUGCCUGGCUCUGCUGGCCCUCAGCUUCAGAUCAUGUGACACGCUGGCAUCAGAACAAGAUGUACAGUGCCCAUCCUUACAAGUGGACGAAUGGAAGUUUCCUCAUUCAUCUGGGGAAAACAUCACAGGUUUCAAUUUGAUAAGGCGGUUCUCCCUACUCAAGAAUCCAGAUGUCAAAAAGAUCCGCAACCCUCGCGGACCCAUCAUCCUCCGCCUGGGCAAGACCCCCCUCCUACGCCCUACUGACGAGGUCUUUCCUGAUGGUCUUCCCGAGGAGUUCACUCUCAUAUUCACCUUGGCGUUAAAGAAGGCUGCCCUGAGGGACACCACCUACCUCAUUCAGAUAUCUGAUGACCAGGGAUACCCACAGCUCUCUGUAGACAUAAAUGGCCCAGAAGGCACCCUGUCAUUGAGAGCCAGAGGGGAAGACCCUGCAGCUGACCCUCUGAGCUGCGUUUUCACCAACGAGGGCGUGGAGUCUCUGAUGGAUCUACGCUGGCACAAGGUGGCCCUCAGUGUGCAGCGAGAAUCUGCCUCCCUUCACGUGGAUUGCAGCUCCACCGAGACGAAAGCCCUGGAGCCUCGCAGGAGAUUGAGCACCGAUGGACAUACUCUUCUGGGAAUUAGAGCUUCAGACGCCGGGCCUGCACUGGUGGACAUUCAGCAGGUGAUGCUGUAUUGCGAUCCAUCCCUGGCCAGUCUGGAAGCCUGCUGUGAGAUACCAGGAGCUCGGUGUCCACCAGAUGCCUCCAAGAGCCGACGGGCUGCAGAGAAUGACUUGUCGGAAAACUCUUUCAACCAGGAAUUCUUCUCAUCCAAGGAUCUGGCUGAAAAAGUCUUAACUCUUGCAAGAGUUUCUGGGCUCAAAGGAGAAAAAGGCGACCGGGGUGAUGGCUGUUCUGGCACGCAUUCAGGCCCAUGUACGGAAGGACCCCAGGGCCAGAAGGGAGAGAGAGGAGAGACGGUGCUGCCUGCCAACUGGGGCGAAGCAGCUCACUUUCAGGGAGUAAAAGGCCAGAAGGGAGAGAUCGGGCCGCAGGGCCUUACAGGCACUCCAGGGUUGAACGGUCGAGCAGGCACCAUCUGCGUAGUCGGCCCCAAGGGACAGAAGGGCGUCUCCGGUUUAGUGGGUCCUGAAGGCUUGGCUGGGGAGCCAGGGAUGCCCGGACGUCCUGGCCUACCCGGGAUUGGAAAGCCAGGUCCACCAGGCCUUCCUGGUGAGCCUGGGGGUGCAAAAGGAGACAAGGGGGACAUUGGACCUGCAGGAGAUGGAUUUCCCGGAGAUCCAGGGCCGAGAGGACCAGGAGGGCCGAAAGGAGCAAAGGGUGACCCAUGCGAAGUGUGCCCCUCGCUGCCAGCUGAUAUCGGCAACAACGUAGCUCUGCAGGGUAUGCUGGGCCAGAAAGGAGAACCCGGGUUACCAGGCAUUGGAGAUAGAGGACCACCUGGACUUAGAGGCACGGAUGGCAAGGCCGGACAGAAGGGACAACCUGGAUCAGAUGGCACGAAAGGCGAAAAGGGUGACUCCUGCUCUGCGUGCCCCACCCUGGGAGAGUUACCCCCAAACCUGGUCCCAGGUGUCCUGAGUCAAACCCUACAGGUGAAGGGUCAAAAAGGAGAAGCCGGCUUUGGAGUUAAAGGAGAGCAGGGAGAGGCAGGAAAUGUAGGACCACCUGGCCCAAGCGGGGAGAAGGGUAAUGCAGGGCGAAGAGGAGCUGAUGGUAAACCGGGGAAAGUUGGGCCGAGAGGAUCUGCUGGAAAGAACGGAGAGAAAGGCGGAAAGGGAGAGACAGGACUUCCUGGUCUCAGUCUUCCUGGCCAAAAAGGAGAACGAGGCGAGUGUGGUGUGUGCCAACCAUACGAGGUUGGCAGCGGACCGGCCAGCAUUAAAAUACCCGAGGGCUCUCGAGGCAACCCGGGCGAGCCAGGCCCUCCGGGUUCCCCUGGACCUCCCGGGCUCGGGGCGGAUGGCAUACAGGGCCUCCCAGGUUUUGAUGGAGAGAAAGGAGAUAAGGGUGACCAAGGAGACCAAGGAGAUAAGGGCGUUAAUGGCGCUCCUGGAGUCCCAGGACUGCCUGGAGAGUCUGGAAGAGAUGGAUCAAUAGGCUUAAAGGGAGAAAAGGGCGAUGCUUGUACCAGCUGUUCGUCUCUGGGCACUGCAGCGGGUGACGGUCUAGCUGUGCCCGGGCCAAAGGGGGAGAGAGGAGAGCCCGGCCCCCAAGGACAAGGGAAGGCAGGCAGGAAUGGUAAACCAGGAUUACCAGGUCCACAGGGGCCUCCUGGUAUCAAAGGGAGCAAGGGAGAAUCUGGACCUGCAGGUGUUGGCCUUCCUGGUAUUCAAGGUGUUGAGGGACCAAGAGGACUUCCGGGUCUUGUUGGACCUCCUGGUUCAAUAGGAUUACCAGGCCCUGCUGGUCCUCCCGGGGAACAGGGCACGAGCGGGGCCGUGGGACCUCCAGGGCCGCAGGGGCCAAUGGGCAUCGGCAUAACAGGGCCCCCAGGUAGAGACGGAGCCCCCGGCUCUCUUGGGUUGCCAGGAGCUGAUGGAAGACAUGGAGUUGAUGGACCUAAGGGGGACAAGGGUGACGCUGGAGAGUGCAACUGCAUAAUGCCAAUGCACACAGGCGCAGGUGGACCAGGAGCUCCAGGAGCUGUAAUAAGCCCAUGGCAGCCUGGGCCUCAGGGACCUCCAGGACCUCCAGGCCCCCCUGGCCCACCAGGUCUUCAAGGUUUCGAUGGAGAGCAAGGGCCACAGGGUGUCGCUGGAAACGACGGGAAACCGGGUUUGCCAGGAUUCAAAGCUGACCUGCAGAUGCUGCCUCAGGAUGCCUCAGAAGAAGAUAAGACAUGUGUCGGGGACUGUUCCCAAGGGAUGCCAGGGGUUCCAGGUAUGGCAGGAGCCAAAGGAGAAAAGGGAGACCAGGGCAAGCCUGGUGUCACCCCCGUGGAAAACUGUGACAGUUGUGCAGACAAACUGCAGGCAACACAAGCAAGGGAUGACUGUAGCUGCACGGGACAACCUGGAGUUCCGGGAGUACCUGGAUCACAGGGAACACGUGGGGAGCCUGGCAUACCAGGAGAGAGAGGACAUGCUGGAGUUCCAGGAAUCAUGGGACCACCAGGUUUCCAAGGACCCCAAGGCCCACCCGGAUCAUCUGGUCAGCCAGGUGAGCAAGGGCCAUCGGGACCAGCUGGACUCAAGGGGGAACAGGGCCCUUCAGGGACUCCUGGGUAUCCAGGUUCCAUGGGGCCUCCUGGAAUGCCUGGAUUGAAGGCUGAGCGUGGGAGCCCAGGAACCGCCGGUGAGAAAGGAGAAGCGGGUCCUGCUGGUCUCCCCGGGUACCAAGGACAGGCGGGCGCAGCAGGAGGUAAAGGAGACACUGGACCAGCAGGACCUGAUGGACCAAAGGGAGAUCAGGGCUUUCAAGGACAACCCGGAUUCCCAGGACCACCAGGUGCACCAGGUCUCGCUGGCAAACCAGGACGGGAAGGACUCGCAGGGCUCAAGGGUGAAAAGGGCAAUAGUGGUAGCCAAGGUUCUCAAGGACCAACAGGACCUUCAGGCUCGCCGGGCUCCCCAGGACUGAUGGGUCCUCCCGGUAUAGAAGGAAUAGAUGGCAAAGAUGGAAAGCCAGGACUUCGGGGAGAGGCGGGUCCCCCAGGUCCUGUGGGUCCACGAGGAAUCCCAGGAUUUAAAGGCAAAACGGGCCACACUGGCUUCCCAGGACAGAAGGGCGAUGUCGGCCCUUCAGGCCCACCUGGAUCACCUGGUAGACCAGGACAUGAGGGGGAUCCCGGUACACCAGGAGCCCUGGGACGACCCGGACCAUCUGGCCACGUCGGUUCUACGGGUCCAGCUGGACCCCCAGGACCUCCUGGUCCGUCGGGAGUGGGUGUAAAGGGAGACAAAGGUCAGGCAGGAGAGAGAGGUCUGCCAGGAAUGUCUGGUGCCCCAGGCACACCUGGUCACCCAGGACUUAUGGGGGAGCCAGGCAAUGACGGUUCCCCUGGUAAAGAUGGGUUGGUAGGCCUGCCAGGGGGGAACGGGCAGACAGGCCAAAAGGGUGAGGCAGGGGCUACGGGUCAAAGAGGACCAGCAGGGGAGAGAGGCAGACCGGGGCCCCCUGGUGGAGGUUUAGGAUAUCACUCCAAGGACGCACAACCCAUGAUGGGCCCGGUCGGACCCAGAGGCGAGAGAGGAAGCCCUGGCUCAGACGGUACACCCGGACCACCUGGAUCUCCCGGGAUGCCAGGAAAUGAAGCGGUGGUCAAUUAUGACGAAGUCAAGAAUUUCAUCCGUCAGCAGGUCAUCAAAAUAUUUGAUGAGAGAAUGGCCUACUACAUGUCUCGCAUGCAGACGCCUGUAGAAAUGGUGGCAUCUCCCGGUCGGCCCGGACCUCCAGGGAAAGACGGCACUCCGGGUAAUCCCGGAGCGCCCGGCGCACCUGGAAUCCCCGGGCAUAUCGGUCGUCAAGGACGGUCCGGACCCCAAGGACCAGCUGGACCGAGAGGACCGGGGGGGCCUAAGGGAGAUAAAGGGAUGGGGGAGAUGGGAGACACAGGACCACCAGGAGCACCAGGUGUCCCGGGGCCCCCAGGCUACGGUAAAAUGGGGCCGCCGGGUUCGGUGGGCCAGCAGGGAGUGCCCGGAAUCCCAGGCCCGCCCGGACAGGCCGGCUCCAAGGGACACGACGGCCGCUGUAAUCCUUCGGACUGCAUGAGCCGCCAAGUAGAAUACAACCAGAAGGGCCCGUCUGUCAAGGGCCCCUGGUAGAUGAAAGGCAGGCAAGGAGCAGAGGUAGGGGGGACUAAAGAGGGUGGCGAGCUAAAGACACAAAGGGCCUGAUCUACUAAGAUAACGGAUUAUGAGUGAUCUACUAAGACUGCGUGCAAAAGUGGUGCAGACCGUCAUAUUUAAAUGUGGAUUUAGCGUGUACUACCAGGGAGACACUCAUUUACUGUUUUGUUAUGUUGUGAAACAUGCAGCACACACAAUCUGCGACACUUUUCUGCGAUAUGGAAUCGGGUGGGAGGCGUGGCAGCAACCUGAGGGGUUCCCGGUUCGAUCCCCGGCUUCCGCCAUCCUAGUCACGUCCGUCGUGCCCUUGAGCGAGACACUUCACCCUGGCUCCUGAUCAUGGUUAGGGCCAUUUUAACUUCAUUACGUUACAACAGCGCGUACAUAUUUGAAAACACUUCUACAGUCAUCACAUUGUUUUAGUUAUAUUGUAAAACUUGGCAUCAGUGUGUGAAUGUGGAAAUAGUGUCAAAGGUAGAAAAGCGCUAUAAAAGUAUAACCCAUUUGACCCCGACUUAAACAAGUUGAAAAACUUAUUCGGGUGUUACCAUUUAGUGGUCAAUUGUACGGAAUAUGUACUUCACUGUGCAACCUACUAAUAAAAGUCUCAAUCAAUCAAUCAAUCAAACCAUGUUUUAGCACGCCGUAGGUACGCUCUGGGAGACUUCACCAUUACAACACCGACAAUACUGUCAAUGCUGAAAUGAUCCAGUUGCAAGAAAAUGCAUGUUGCAACAAGUUUAUAAGAAUAAUCUAUCUCCAAAAGGAAUGUCUGAACAUGCUUGGCCUCAAAGCCGAUCCAAUCCAAAAUGUUUCAGAGCAAAAAGUAAACAAAAUAACAUUUUAAUAAAGUUAUCUCACUAAAUAUAUAAUUUACGAGUAAUGUUGUAAUAUGUUAAAGAGGUUCAUUUAGCCUACUAAUGUGUAUUUAUAAAUGGUUGAUUUAUAUAGGCUAGUAAGAUAGCCGAAACUUGUCAGGUACAAAACUUUACCUUACUAGCCUAUAUAAAUCAACCAUUUAUAAAUAAUGUUGUAAUGUUACAUGUGUGCUAUUGAAUGUUAUCUUCUUAGCCAAAUAAAGUGUUUAGUGCACAAUAGGUCAACUAGGGCUGCAACAACUAAUCGAUUAAAUCAAUUAAAAUUGAUUAUAAAAAUAGUUGGCGAUUCAUUUAGUCAUCGAUUCGUUGGAUCUAUGCUAUGCGCAAGCGCAGAGGCUCCUUUUU